GACACUCCCUCAUAGCCAGGUGGUCUUGACCGAAAGUAUCAUGCAUUCAUAUCUCAAUUUACUUUGCAGGAACGCUACUGGAAAAUUCCCAAGCAUGAAUCCAACCACCCCAGCAUGGAGCACGGACAACACAACAAUGAAUGAAACUUACUACACUAGAAACUUACCCUGUAUUGACUCCAUCCCCAUUAUUCUGCAUACUCUUAAAGCUGGCAUUGCCAUGGUUGGGCUGGCAGGAAAUGCCAUAGUGCUGUGGCUUCUGAGCUUCCACAUACAAAGGAAUGCCUUCUCUGUCUAUGUCCUCAACCUGGCUGGGGCUGACUUCCUCUUCCUCAGCUUUCUGACUGUGCAUUCCCUGAAUUAUAUCCUUUUUUAUUUCUAUGCCAUCUACUUUGAUAUUACCAUCUAUCUCGUCAAUGUAUUCAUCUUUGCUUACCUUGCAGAUAUGUGUAUUAUUGCAGCCAUCAGUGCUGAGCGCUGUCUGUCUGUUUUGUGGCCCAUCUGGUAUCGCUGCAAACGACCAAGACACUUAUCAGCUGUCAUGUGUGCCCUGCUCUGGGCCUUCUCUCUACUGUUGAGUCUCCUGAUAGGGCAUGAUUGCGGCUUUCUAAUACACUAUUAUAACCGUUCUUUCUGUGAGAGUUAUAGUUUUAUCACUGUUGCAUUUGUGAUAGCAUUAUCUGUGGUUCUUUGUGGAUCUAGCCUGGCCCUGUUGGUCAGGAUCUUCUGUGGCUCACAAAGAAUUCCUGUGACCAGGUUGUGUGUGACCAUUACCCUCGCGGUGCUGGUCUUCUUAUUCUUUGGUCUGCCCUUUGGUAUCUAUUUUUUCCUCUUAGAUUGGAUUAUGGAGUUGUAUAAAGUUUUCCCUUGCCAUAUUCCUGAAAUGACAAUUUUUCUACCCUGCAUUAACAGCUGUGCCAACCCCAUCAUUUACUUCCUUGUUGGCUCCAUUAGGCACCGUAGUUUCAAGAGGCAGACUCUGAAGAUACUACUGCAAAGAGCCAUGCAGGACACUCCUGAGAAAGAAGGUGAAGAAACGGGUUCUUCAAGAAAUCCUGGAGAACAGGAAGCAGUCUGGUGUAGUAGUUGA